AUGGUUGGGUGCUUCUCCCAGCACCCCAUGAGGGCUCAGGUGACCCCUGCAAGACAGGAGCAGGUUCAGAGGGCAGCCUCCUGCCCUGCGGGCAAUCCCAGGGGAUAUGCUCGGUGUGCAAGCCACUGGCUGGGCUCCUGCUUGCCCACGGGAACAGGGACAGGGCAGGAUCUCUGGGCGCUGCUUGACACAGGUGCUCUCCCACCACUGCUGUCUCUCUGCCCUGCCAAGGUGAAGGAUGAGGACCUCUUCCAGGGGGCAGCGGUGGCGGUGCUGCUGCUGCGGCUGCUGCUGCUGCUGCUGUCGGCUGCCCUUGCUCUGGACUGCUCUGGCUGCCUCCACAAUGAUUGGCUUCACCGUCCAGCUCCUGGGGCUCUCCCUUCCAAAGAGGGUCCUCUUGGCUCCACUGCUCCCCACACCUCGGGUCCCCUCAGCAGGAACUGAGGGGGCAGGGAAGGAAGAGCCCACCGGCCACCUUGUCUCCUGCCAGCCACGGCAACACCUGGUCUUCCUGAAGACCCAUAAGACUGCAAGCAGCACCCUCAUCAACAUUCUGCACCGCUUUGGGGACAGAAGAUCACUGCGCUUUGCCCUGCCUGCCGGCUACCAGUUCAACUACCCCAAACUUUUCCAGGCACAGCACGUAAAAGGAUGGCACCCCGAGGGGCCCCCAUUCGACAUCCUUUGCCACCACAUGCGCUUCAACUUGCUUGAGGUCCAGAAGGUGAUGCCCCCAGACAGUUUCUAUUUCUCCAUCGUGCGGGAUCCAGCUUCCUUGGCUGAAUCCGCUUUCUCCUAUUACCGGGGGGUGGUUCCUGCCUUCCGCCGUGCUCGCUCGCUGCACGAGUUCCUGGCUUCCCCGCAGAACUUCUACCGGCCUGGUGAGCGUGGCAGCCACUAUGCCCGCAACCUGCUGUGGUUUGAUUUUGGCCUCGAUCCACCAGCGAGCCCCGGAUCCGCUGCGAUCCGCGCUGCCCUGCUGGGCCUGGACCGCAUUUUCCACCUCGUGCUGCUCACAGAAUACAUGGAUGAGUCGCUGGUCCUCCUGCGCAGCGCCCUCUGCUGGAGCUUUGCGGACGUGGUGGCUUUCCAGCACAACCUGCGCAAUCCGGCGGCAGUUCACCAGCUGGGGCCUGCCGACGCAGCUCGGCUCCGGGCUUGGAAUCAUCUGGACUGGCACCUCUACGCUCAUUUCAAUCGCACCUUCUGGGCACGUGUGGAACACUUCGGCAGUGCCCGCAUGGCUAGGGAAGUGGCUAUUCUCCGGGAGCAGCGGGCAGAGCUAACUCGGCGCUGUUUACAGGGCGGGGGGCCGCUGGAGCCAGGCCGCAUUGCUGAUGAGCGCAUCCGCCCCUUCCAGUUUGGGCAGGUGCCAAUCCUGGGCUAUGUUCUACAGCCCAGCCUGGCAUCUGGCCUCCAGGUAGUGUGUCAGCGGAUGGUCACUCCUGAACUCCAGUACAAGGACCUCCUGGAUGCCAAGCAGUUUCCCCAUGCCUACAAGGCGAUGGGUCUCAGACGGGGAGGGGAGGCAGCCCGCAACAACUCUUGGCAGCAGCCACCCAAUUGACAUGGCCCUCGUGCUCUGCCAGACUCCCCCCAGAAUGCCGCAGGCAGAGGGACCAUAUGGGAACUGCAGGGACGCGUGAUGCCAGGCCAGUCAAAAGCCAUGAAGAUUUCCACGUUUUGAAAUGCAAAAGGCUAUCAAUUCUUUCAAACAGCUUGAGACUGUUGAAGACUCCAAGACAUACAGGGCUAUGCACCCUCUCGGAAACCAGGCACGCCCAGCAGCUUGAUGAUGGGAGCUUCCAUAAUUGGCGAUGCCCGAGGAGGAGCUAGUUGGAGGAUUUCUUUUGACUGGCCAGGGAGAGCGUGAACACUCCCCCUUGGCUAACAAUCUCUGGCCGUUCACUCAGUUUUACCCCCCCCACCCCCCGACAAGGCAUCCUCUCAAAGCCUGGCAGCCCGGCGUUCUUAGGGUGGCGCGGUUGGCGUGCAGAGAGCCCUCGGACUGCCUAGUUCCAUCCUUUGGCCCCCGUGCGCCUGCUGUCUGGCCAUGGAGUGCUGCUCUCCCCCACUGCUGCCCCCGUCUCACCCACAGAGGCAGCGGGGUUCAUACCAGGAAGGCUGGGGAGUCACCGCUGUCCAUGGGCCUCCCCGGCCCCUCUCUCUGGUGGCCGCCGCCUCUUCUGAACCAAAGGCUUCCCAGGCAGGGACCCCCUGGCAGCACAAGCAACUGGGCAGCGGGGCCACAUUUUGGAACCCUGAGCCCAGGGUGGAGUUGGGCCCACAGCCCAAGGAGCUGUGGAGGCUCUGCUGGCAGACGUGAGGAGGGAAUGAAGCUGUGCAACCACCGAACUUGACGAGGAUGCCAGCAAGACGCACAACCGACCCAUGAUGGGUUAGGGUUACGGUUAGCGUUGCCCUCUUUGAACAGACGGCGAGGAAACAGUCAUUGUUUUAAUAAUUAAUCAAUUGUUGAGAGUCAUGUGAGCCAAUCUGAAGGGCUUAAUUUAUGGAGAGUUUCCUAUACAAACUAAUAAAACUGCGACACAUAAAAAGCACCCUGAGAUGUUGAGAGGCCCCUUCAGACUGUGAGACCCUAUAAUUUGCUUAGCUUUGCCUGCCUAAAUCCAGCCCCACCUCAGCCAAGCCAGCAGUCCUGCCAGGCAGCCCAAGGGGGACUUCAGGGCAGCAACCUGUGGACAGGAGCAGAAGGGAGGGCGAGGCGGCACAGAUGACCUGCUUAUGGGCUUAAUCCUGCCGGGGCAUCGAGGCUAAGUCGGGCGCAGGGAUUAGGCAGGCUUUGCUCUGUCCAGCACAGAUUGCUUCUCUUUUUAGCCUGAACAAAAGAUCCUGGAGAAAAAACACACAACCUUCCCCCUCGCUGCCUGGUCCCAGGAGGAUGGGAAGAGGGGCGGCACCGUAGCCCAGCCAUCCCUUGGCAUGAGCGUCAGUAGUCUGGCUGCCACUUGGCAAAAAGAAAAACCAAGAUUUUGCUGCCCCUGAAGAGCGAAGUUCAACUGUGCAGAAGGGUGGGGCAAAGAAAUAGCCAUCAUCCCACACAAUCCUGGGAAGCGAGCCAUGGGUGUUCCCAGUAACCAUUAGCAGAGUCCGGCUGCUGGUGUGGUGCUUCAGAAGCUCCCAUCUCCAGUCUCUUCCCAUGCUGCAAGGGCUGACUCAUCUUCACCCGUUACCCUCUAUCUACAACAACAGGUUGCAGGACUGUGGCAUGGAGUGCUGAAAGGAGGACUGGUCUGAACACUCUUAAGUGAUGCAUGCUUAACUCUUGGGGAGAAAGAAUCACGUGUGUGCAUAACUCUCCAGCUGCAGAAACCUAAGAACCGUGUCAUCUCUUGGUCUUCCUGCUGGAUGGGGAGGCAGGCCCAUGGCUGGGGCUGGAAGCUGAACCAUCUUUGGGAUCAUCCAGAUUGCCCAGAUCCUGACAAACCCGGACUCCUCCCUGGCACCAGUGAAACAACAAGAACCUCAGGGUCAUCAACUCUGCUGCUACAAUAGCUCAGAUUCGCAGCUUGCUCUGGGCCCUUUGAUUUUUAUUGCCCCUAAUAGCCAGGUCAACCCAAAAGCCAGGCCGGCACUAGCCGCCUCUGGUACAAUCUGUGUUCACACUGUGGAGCUCUCAAAUUGCAAUGGCUCUUUCCAGCAUUUUGGGCCAGGAUGCAGUUUAGAUUUUUUUUUCCUUGUAUAAUCUUGUUACUGUGUUAACUUUCAAAAAGGAGAAUAUCAGUUU